GGGGUUUUUCUUAGGUACCUCUCUAGCGUAAAGUACGGAAUUCAGCCUCAGCUGUCAAUCAUCAAUUCCCUCUGCUGCCUAAUCGCUCUUUUCCUUCCCCUCCAGGAUUUAGGUAUAAAACAAACCUUUACGGUCGCAUCUGCCCAAGUUAGAAGUUACCCUUUAAUCAAAUAUCUUACAUCAAUCUCGUGAACCAUGGGCAAACCGGACGGCAAGGUGGCGGACGAUGCCGUCUCGCUGCGUACCAACCCCGGUGAGAGUUCUAGAGUGACCUACAGCGACAACGAUGAUCUCGACAUCCCCGAGACUGCUAUCGAUGACCUACCGCCGAAUUAUACCGAAAGCGAGUCGUUGCUCCCACCGCCCGAUGCGCAAACGGCUGUUCCCGGCAGCGGCUUGGCUAUAGCCCAAACGCCAUUCGUCGAAGACGCUAUGCGGUUCAACGACUUGAACACUGGCGCCCAGUACUGGAUGGCUAAGAGCCUCGAAAGCCCGACUAAUCUCGAGAAACAUAUUCGACACCUCGCCGCAAUUCCUCCGCGACCUUAUAUCAAACUUGUCGGAACACAUACCGAGACUACGAGAGAUAGCAAGGGCAAGAUGGAGAAGAACACGAUUACCGACUUUGACGUUUCUGUCGAGCUAACACCAUAUCUCUACUCGGAUGCGCAGUAUCGCCGUUCGUGGAAUUAUAUCCGGACCGUGGAGAACGGCGAGAAGACCCGUCGUGGUACUAUACUUAGGAAGCGCGCCCCCGGUUCGAAUCAGAGCAUCGAGGUCGGUGGCAUCCCGAAACCGACGCUGAAGGAAUGGUGUCAUCGGUACUCUGCCAGCCAUGCAGGCUUGAAGGUCUUCGCACUUCAACGAAGGAUGAUCGGAUUUGACGAUGAGCAUAUUAAGACGAAGCUGAGAGAGCUGGUAAACGGUACGAACUACCGCGGCCAUCUUAAGGUGGAACUCGUUACGAAGGACUCCCUGAUCGAGUGCUACAACGAAGCAAGGAUAAACAAGUGGCGCCUGACGACGUGGAUACAAAUGCUGUUCACGUUCACUCUCCUAUUCAUCUUUUCCUGGCCGUACUUGUGGCUGCGGACUAAGAGAUGGGAGGUUGUUGUCUCUGAGUGGCCGUUCUCGAGGAUAGCUGACGACGGCACCAAGCAGUACGUGAGUAUUAGCGAGGACCAGUGGUUUAACAUGUGGGGACGAGCUAUAUCCAGCGCAGUGCUGCGGAAGCGACAAGCGCUGCUGGAUCAGACGGAUCUGAGGCGAGCAGAAGAGCCCGAACCGACCUUCGAGUCCGGAAACUCGACAGUCGACGGGGCGGUGGGCCUAUUCAGGGCCGGCAUCAGCGCUAUGGACGAGGUGAAUCGGCAUUUAGGAUGGGGAAGAGACUGCUAGAAGCAUUCUCCUGUAGCACGUCAUUGUUGGAGUUGUUCACGGGAAUACUUUAUUUAUGGGAGCGCUUUUUUUAUGUUUGGGUUUCUUCUGAGCUUUGCAAGUUUGUGGGUGAAGGUUACUAUUAUUAGUGUUCUUCUUGGGGCAAGGUGCGUGAAGCUAUUGGGGAGAUGCUGAUGCUACAUAAGGCGCGUAAUGAAUAUCGAGACCAUUUCCCUAAAAUGGAAAUAAGCGGGACGGUUG